AUCAUUUCUCAUGCCGAGCAUCAGAGUGGAAUGGGCUCUCAUUUCACAGACAUGUAGAGCCCUCAUCUGGGAACGAAGAAAUGUGCACGAGCCCUAGGCACUCAUAUGCCCCUUUUAUUUAUCGUUGGCAUUAGAAACAUAUUCAUACCCCGACACUUGAAUUGCUUUGUAACAGAGCAAGUGAAGGUACCCAAAACAUUCACACACCCUUUAUUCGGUCGUUCCAGUAGCAAACUAUGGUCAUGGCCGACCAAGACCAAAAGCCGUCGCAGCGGGCUCCGGUUCGCGUCGGAUUUUAUGAUAUUGAGCGCACGUUGGGGAAAGGCAAUUUUGCAGUUGUCAAGCUCGCGAGACAUCGUAUCACGAAAUCAGAGGUGGCCAUUAAGAUCAUAGACAAGACCCAGCUAGAUGCUGUGAACUUGGAGAAGAUCUAUAGAGAAGUGGAAAUCAUGAAGCUGCUGGACCAUCCUCACAUCAUCAAGCUUUACCAGGUCAUGGAGACCAAAAACAUGCUCUAUCUGGUCACAGAGUAUGCCAGAAAUGGAGAGAUAUUUGACUACCUGGCCAGCCACGGGCGGCUCAGUGAGAUGGACGCAAAGAGGAAGUUCUGGCAGAUCCUUUCAGCGGUGGAGUACUGCCAUGAGCGCAACAUUGUUCACAGGGACCUGAAGGCUGAGAACUUGUUGCUGGAUCCACACAUGAAUGUUAAGAUAGCAGAUUUUGGCUUUGGAAACUUCUUCCGUCCCGGGGAGCCCCUGACCACUUGGUGUGGCAGCCCCCCAUAUGCAGCUCCAGAGGUGUUUGAGGGGCAGCAGUAUGAGGGUCCACAACUGGACAUCUGGAGCAUGGGGGUGGUUUUGUACGUGUUGGUGUGUGGCACUCUUCCAUUUGACGGCCCCAGCCUUCCAGUACUCAGACAGAGGGUCUUGGAAGGCCGUUUCCGCAUCCCCUACUUUAUGAGUGAAGACUGUGAGCACUUGAUCAGGAAGAUGUUGGUUCUAGACCCAGCCAGGCGUUUGUCCCUGAGUCAGAUCAAAGAGCAUCGCUGGAUGAUGCAGGAGGUCCCAUCCCAGCGGCCGGUGCUCUACAGACAGGGGCUGCCUAGCGAGAGUAAAGCAUGCCUGGUUGAGCACAGUGAACAAGUACUGAGACUGAUGCACACCCUCGGCAUCGACAUGGAGAAGACCACUGAGUCUCUCCAGAACAAUAGCUUUAACCACUUUGCUGCUAUCUACUACCUGCUUGUGGAGCGGUUGAAAGCACAUCGCAGCAGUUUCCCUGUGGAACAACGUUUGCACGCCAGCCAGCGCCGCCCUAGCACUGUCGCAGAGCAGACUGUUGUCAAGACCAAUGCAGUUUCCUAUCUAGUGGGCCCUGAUCCCCAGGCAGCAUGCCACCUGCGUUCUCCUGUUCUGCUGCAGUCCAAUACUGAUACAUUCACUUUCCCACAAACCCCUGCUUCCCCCAGCCAGACACUCAUGGAGGAAGAUGUGGGCACUCCAAAGGUAGAUGGCUGCUUGCUGGACCCUCUCCCUCCAGUCUUUGUCCGAAAAGUCAGCGGCUCGCUGCCUAGCAACGUUAUGGAGACAUCCAUCGACGAGGGCAUUGAGACAGAGGAGGAACAUGCUGUGCCCCUCGCCGCCUUCCAUACCUCUCGCUUUAUUCAGCGCCGACAUACACUGUCUGAGGUCACCAACCAACACAGCUCAGUGUGCAGUGUGCUGCCCAACACAGGUCUCAACCCAUCUCUUUGCAGUAUGGACUCGGAGUACAGCAUGGAUUUAACUCAGAGUGACUUCAGCAUGCCUGAGGAGAAUCCAGCUCUUAAAGAUGUGUUAAAUACUGCACCUGCCAGCACCCAAGCACCGGUCCUCCUCGGCAUGAAGCCCCUGAAUCCCACCCUGCAGCCGCUCAACCCAGAGGGACAGGACGCUCAUAAUCACUCACUAGUCAGUUUCAGAGAGGGACGGCGGGCUUCAGACACAUCGCUUACACAAGGUUUAGUAGCAUUCAGGCAGCACCUCCAGAACCUGGCCAGGACACAUGGCUUCCUGGAGCUGAACAAAGCCCAGAUAGUGUUAGAAAAUUUUGGAGGAGAUGCCAACCCCGGCAUCAACCCCCAGGAGCCUCAACAUCCACUCACACACCAGGGAGAUGGUCACCUGUGUCCAAGUGGAAAAGAUAUGACAGUAUUCACUGGUAAAAUGCACCCUUAUCUGCUGUCUAGGAGACAGAGUUUGGAGACACAGUACCUCGCUCAGCGACUACAGAGGGCCAGUCAGUUGGCGUGUGGUCCUGGAAGUGGUCAGAUGUUUUUUAAAGAGGCUGCACCACGCACUUUGGAGCAACAACUACAAGAGCACAGACUACAGCAGAAACGGCUCUAUCUUCAGAAACAGUCUCAGGUACAAGCCUACUUCCAUCAGAUGCAGCUGACAAAAGAUGCUUUCCCCAACUCUCAGGACUGCCGAGACCCCCAGCACAUCAGUAGCCCACUCUCCAGCCCUCCCUUCAAACAGACCCAAACCCUAAUCCCUUUCCUCGAGCCCGGCACCUCAUCUCAACCGUGUGGUCCCAAGUCAGCCCUCUAUCCAGACUUGCCUCCACCACCUGCACCCUCAGACAGCCACACAAACUACACGCCAUCCCUCCCUACAGAACCUCUCUACGCUUGGAGUCCUGCCCAGCCACCUGUCCUGCCGGGCAAAGCCGAGAGCCCUUCAGCCCAGUCCGCACCCGAGGUCCCCUUCCUGGACUGUGAGAUGAUGGAGACUGCAGAGGCCCCACAAGGCUGUGUACUUGUAAACUAAAUGUGCACUGGAGGAUGAAAUGGACCACUCUGAGGCUGGCUCUCAGGCAUGAUUCAUUUGAAGGAAGUUGGGGUGGAGUGGGAACACCCUCAGGGAUGAACAAGAUGGUAUGGUUUAUGUCACCGUAUAAACCUACAGACACUACCAUCUCAUUUACUUGAUCCUGUGGUAGAACCAGCCUGAUGUCAUGAAAAUUACAUGACUGUGGCAACAUUUUUGCAAAACGAUAUAAGGUGGUUUCUUGCACACAUCGCAGCAGUUCCGAGGUGAAAUGUCCACUGCGUGGUGCUAAAAGAGGUACAUUUUCUCCCAAAUAGAUGAGGAUUUUAAGGUUAAUGCUUUAUUGAGUUUUGAAUAAACAAAACCUACCACCCUUCCUUAAACCUAACCGAUAGUGUCAAGAAAAUCAAAUGUUGAAUGAUCGAUUAAAUUUUUAAGGAUAAUGAGUGUUAAAUCAACAGAACCUACGACCCUACCCUAAACCAAAACCUAAACAGUAGUGCCAUAAAAACCAAAUGCGAGAUGAAAAAAACAAUUGAGGAAGCAACCAUGUCAUUUUGUGGUGCUUUUAAUGACACUUUAGACUCACGUGUCAAUCUGAGUUCUCUUCAGGUCCUUUGCAUCGCAAGUGCAACAAACUAGCCAUAAAUAAACAAAACAUUGGCGAGUAAUUUACGCAUAAAACGGAGCUUAACGAAUACUUCCGCCACUUCGUAUUUCCCAGAUUUAUUAGUAAAACAUGUGUAUGUUAGUGAAUUCCAAACGUUCAUAAAGAGCACUUGCAUUCACAAUUAUCAUAAUCUAUGCCCAUGAAAACACCAUAUAAGGAAGGCUUCAGACUCAGGAAGCUUUUAACAUCUACUGUAUGUGAACAGUAAUAAAAAUGUUGUUGUUUUUUUAUGGAUCGCAUUCACAUUGUAAACUAUUGAUUCAGCAAACACUCAAAAGUUCUAAAAAGAACUGACUUUCAGUCAUCACAUGCUUUUGCUGUCAUCAGAGGUUCGUUUGUGAAUUAAACAGUCAAUAACAAUUGUUUGACAUGAAGCUUUAGUGUAAAAAAUGUAUGGUGACCACCAUUACCUUCUCUGGUUCAGUUGAGUGUAUCAUUGGGGAAAUACAGUACUGUAACUGUGAUAUAACCUUGCAACAGGUAAAAUUAUCAAAUAAAUUCAUAGAAGGCCCGAAAAAGAAUGAAACAUUGGUUUGCUAGCAUAUUACAGAUUUGCAAGCUAUAUGACAGUGUGCAGGCGGUUUCUUCCAGAAAAUCAAACACAAACUGCAUCUUUCCAUGAAUGUUUCACCCCAUGCCAAGUGCUUCUGCUGAAAAAACAAUAAGCAGAGUUGGGGAAAAACUAUACUUUGAAAAAUAAAUGCAAUCAGCAAAGAAACAUUUCUAAAUUAAAGCUUUUUUUAUUAUUAUUAUUGUUAAUUUAUUUUUUAAGGUUAAUUUCACUCAUUUUUUUCAGUACUUAUUGUAAUAUAUAUUUCUUCAAUCAUGGCAGUUUCUCUGAAAGAACACAACACGUCGGGAGGUGGUGUACAUUUUGUUCGUACUAACUAACGUUUUGGAAAUGCAUAAACUUUCAUGAAUCCCACAAUUUACGUCAGACUGGCUUUAUAAACGAUUACAGAAAAAUUUGUUCUGCUCGAAAUUCAUGAAUGAGGCUUAUUGAACGCAAACGUUCAAGUUUAUUGCCUUACAAGUCAUGCAAUAUAGUGCAAGAGUUUAACUGUCGUAAGGUAGCGUUGUGUGUGGAACAGGGAAACAAGUAUGCGCUUAUGAACUGAAAAUCUGCCGUUUUACUCGGAAUUUGUGUGAAACUGAAUAAAAGUUGUUGUUGUAGCGCCUCUAGUGUUCAUUUCACCAGUACACUGCUGCGAAACAUACAAGCCACGUAAAAAAUAUUUUGCAAAAAUGUAAGUAUAGUUGCGUAGAACAUUACAGACCUUUUACAAAGAUGUAUGUGAGAUGUGAUAGUGUCCUAAAAAUGUGUUCAGUAAGCACAGAUAAAUAGUGCAGCUACCAUAGAGUUUUUGAUCCGAAUUAAAGCAAUAUUUAUUUUUUCAAAGAGUUUCAGUGUUUUAUGAAUAGUUUAUGGUUUCAUCCUUAAAUGAUCAGUAGCUACCCACAUUUUUGUUAUUAGUAUUGUGUCACUUUACAUAAUGGAUAAUUAACAGAAUACUUAACAGAAUAACAUCAGCAUGAAAUGGCAUUCUUAACCAUUUUACUUUACAAGUGAAACAGGGCGGGGCUUCAUUUUAUCCAUCAGGAAUUAAUUGGAUUGUAAAAAGUGGGAAUUCCUUUUCAGACUGGAGCUUGACGUCAAUGUGAAUUUGCUAGAAGAAUGCCUAAAAAGCUAUUUGGCUAUUGGUUAACAUAAUCCAAUAUCCUGUCCUACUGUAGGUGACAUCAGAAGAAAGGAAAGUAGUUUUAGAAGCAGAGCAAUUUAUUACAGUUUCCUGAAAGAUUACGAAGACUCUUUGAAUUUACAUGCGCUGAUGAAUCCUGCACAGUAAGACAUGUAUGAUGCAAGUAAAAAGGGUUGAUAUUGAUCUCAUGUUGAUUUUAAAAUGACACUACCUGGCACUACUAAUUUUCAAAGUGGGGUGGGGUAGUAAAGUGCAAGGUUACAGUACGUGGUUUUCUGCUAAUAUGUUUGACACUUUAAACCUUCAGACUUGAGUUAAUGGAUUUAGCCAAUCAGAAUCCAGUUAAACAAUAUAGAAUACAGUGAUGGAGCAACAUUGUAGCUUGAUCAAACAAAACUGCUUAAUCUGCACUACAACUCGAACUGGAGUUCAACAGAAUGGUUUAAAAAUAUUCAGUGUUGUGCCUUUUGAUUCUUGUUGUUCCUUUGGAGAAUGUCGGUUUUAGAUUUAAUUCUUCAAGUAAAGCUUCCUGUUUGGAAUUGCAGUGUAAAGCACCCUCUUUUGAACCAAAGUCUCCAUUUAGGUUCUAUUUUGAAGUCCACUACGUGGAUUGUUUUAGAACCAUCCAGCUACAUCAUAUUUAGUUGUCAUGGUCAAACAGUAUUUGCCAUCCAAAAGUAUAGCAAUAUCUAGAAUAACAGGUCCUUUGUUAAAAAUGGGUGUAGUGAAUGUGGUCAUUUUUUGCCUUCAAGGAAAAAUCUUAUUGUGACUAUUUAAAAUUCUUUGCCAAGUCAUUCUUAUACAUUUAGAAGUGAAAGUUGUUAUAACGUAGUUGUUUUUCAGUGCAAAAUGUUUUCCAACAUGUAAUCACAAUAUCAAUUUUGUAUAAUCAGUUGAAAACGCAGAGUUCCUUGAAUAAAAGGGAAAUAAAGCUCA